AUGGGUUUCCCUAGAAGUCUGUUGAGGUGGAUAGCUAGGCAGACCACAAAUUCUAAGAGUUUAAUCAAAAUUUGCAAUGCCAAGCUAGAAACACUAGGCCAGCAAGGGGGUGAAAGAGAUUGGGAUGCUUGGGUUGAUUGUAAAGUUGUUGUGCGUGAAGCCCAUAGACAAGAGGAAUCUUACUGGAAACAGAAACUCGGGGCAGAUGAGGGGCAGUGUAAAACUAGAGAGGAGUCCUUAGAAGAAGUGGGGUUUUUCGAAAAGUUCAAGUCUGAGGAGCCAACUUUUGAGGAGAAAAUGCUUGAUGCACAGCCUAAGCACGUGUUGCGACAUCGCCCGGGGGCACGCAGUCUGCUUGGCACUAGGGUUGCUGCGUGUUGGCCUCGUGGGCUUCUGCAUGAAUCUCGCACGUCCAUCACUUCCCACACUCGCAAGUCGUCACGCCCUGUCAUCCUCAUAGACCCGCUUCUCGGCCAGGCUUCACUGCGUCCCACCGCAUGCCGUAGCUGGAGUAAGCUUUGUGUGACCCGCAUGCAUUGUCGUUGUCGUCGGGCUGCGUGCGCCACCUACGUGGCGCUUGCAUCCUCUGUCCUGCUCGCUUAUGGCUGCUGUAGGAGCUGGGCACUGUGGUGCUCAUGCGCGAAUGUUGUGGAGGUUGUGCAACUGAGCGGGCUGUUCAUGUUGGGGCAUGCGGCCAUUGCUUAG